UAAAGCAACAGCUCUGGCCUACAGUAAAAUCCCACCGUUAACGGAUUCAAAAACAGAGUUUUUUUGGUUUCUUCUCCUCUGUUAUAUAACCAGCGAACCAACGUAGCUGCCACUGACAAUCACCAUCCCCUGUUCUCCCUUCUUCCCCUUUCCAAAACCCUAACUGAAAUUUAUAGAUUCCUACUAUCUCUUUCCACUCAUAUAUCAUUCUCUGAUUCGUGUUUCCAAUAGCUCUGUUUCUUCACACUCCCCUGUUUUGCAUAAGCAUAGAGUACCUGGAAUUUGAAGCGAACUGAUCGAGAAUGGAGCCGCUGAAGCAGUCGGAGGAGGCGAUCGUUGGGAGCCAUGGCGAAACAGAACUUGGCAUCAUCGGCAAAGGUGAUGAUGAAGAAGGCGGCGUCCAGGAUGACCAAGCGCUGUUCAGCGUGAAGAGCUUCCUCUGGCAUGGGGGGUCCGUCUACGACGCUUGGUUCAGCUGCGCAUCAAACCAAGUGGCUCAGGUUCUGCUUACCCUGCCCUACUCGUUCUCCCAGAUGGGCAUGGCGUCGGGCGUUGUGCUUCAGAUCUUCUAUGGCUUGAUGGGUAGCUGGACUGCGUAUCUCAUCAGCGUUCUGUAUGUUGAGUAUCGAACGCGCAAGGAGAAGGAGAACGUCAGUUUCAAGAAUCAUGUUAUUCAGUGGUUUGAGGUGCUGGAUGGUCUGCUCGGGCCAUACUGGAAGGCCAUCGGUCUUGCCUUCAACUGCACCUUCCUCCUCUUCGGCUCUGUCAUCCAGCUUAUCGGCUGUGCCAGCAAUAUAUAUUACAUUAAUGAUCGGUUAGAUAAGAGGACAUGGACGUACAUAUUCGGAGCCUGCUGCGCCACGACCGUGUUUAUACCCUCGUUUCAUAACUACAGAAUCUGGUCCUUCCUCGGCCUCGGCAUGACCACCUACACCGCUUGGUUCCUCACCAUCGCUGCCUUCCUCCAUGGCCAAGAGCCCGGAGUGGCCCACAGCGGGCCGGAGAAGAUGGUGCUGUACUUCACCGGCGCCACCAACAUCCUAUACACGUUCGGGGGCCACGCCGUCACCGUGGAGAUCAUGCACGCCAUGUGGAAGCCACAAAAAUUCAAAUACGUCUACUUGAUCGCCACGUUAUACGUGUUCACCCUCACACUCCCAUCAGCAUCAGCCAUGUAUUGGGCAUUCGGCGACCGGCUCCUCGACCAUGCCAACGCCUUCUCCCUGCUCCCCAAGACAGGAUGGCGCGACGUCGCCGUGGUUCUGAUGUUGAUCCACCAGUUCAUCACCUUCGGUUUCGCCUGCACGCCGCUCUAUUUUGUUUGGGAGAAGGUGAUAGGCAUGCAUGACACUAAGAGCAUUGCCCUCCGAGCCCUCGCUCGCUUGCCAGUCGUCAUUCCCGUCUGGUUCCUCGCCAUAAUCUUCCCCUUCUUUGGUCCCAUCAACUCCGCCGUAGGCGCGUUACUAGUCAGUUUUACUGUCUAUGUCAUCCCCUGCCUCGCUCACAUGAUCACAUAUCGCCAUGCUGCUUCUCGCAAGAAUGCAGCAGAUAAGCUUCCAUUCUUUCUGCCUAGCUGGACGGGGAUGUACGCCCUGAACAUAUUUGUGGUGGUUUGGGUUCUGGUGGUUGGGUUUGGGUUUGGUGGAUGGGCUAGCGUCACCAACUUCAUCAGACAGAUUGACUCCUUUGGCUUAUUUGCGAAAUGCUAUCAGUGCACGAAACCUCCCGCUUCAGCGCCAUCGCCCAGCCACCACUGACCAUCGUCGCCGCCUUCUAAAGUCCAUUUCACCGAACACUCUGGCCGAGCCGGCCUCGCAGGAUUGGCUUCUCCGAGCCACAAUUUGUGCUACUGGGUGUGAAUUAUAAAGUUUAGAUUUGUCUAUUGGGUGCUUGUGUAUGAAAUCAUGCUUGGUUUGCCCCUGCUUGCACUAUGUAAUGUUCUUUAAUAUUAAACCCAAAUGAUCAAAGAAGCAAUGAAUCUAUUGAUUCUGCAGUCU